AUGUUCGGCAUCAUCCCCAGGCCCCUGUGGGAGAAGACCAAUCCCCCCGAUGAGAAUAACCGCAUCGCGAUGGCGGCGCGCUGCCUCUUGCUCGAAUGGGCCGACGGCACGCGCGCGCUGGUGGAUGUGGGGAUGGGCGAGCGCUGGAGCGAGAAGGAGCGCGGCAUUUACGCGAUCCGGGAGCAGGAUGGAGGAUUGCGCGAGGCGCUAAAAGAGCGCGCCAUCGAUCCGACCUCGAUCGAUCACGUGCUCCUGACGCACCUGCACUUCGACCACGCGGGCGGCCUGAAGAAGACCGACGGGAGCGCCGCCUUCGCGGGCGCGACGCACUGGGUUCAGCAGCGCAACUGGGCGUGGGCGCAUGGCCCCUCGGCCAGAGAUGGUGGGAGCUAUCGCCCGGAGGACUGGGCGUUUCUGGGCGAGGAUGGCGCGCCGACGCUCGAGCUUGUCGAUGGCAUCAGCGAGAUUUUGCCUGGCGUCGAGGUCUUGCCACAGCAUGGGCACACCUUCGGGAUGCAGGUCGUCAAGCCGCGCGUCAUGAUUGGGUGCUCUGUUUCGAGCACGAUCCUGUAUGUGAUCUGGCGCGCGUCGAACUCGACAAACGAGGAAGACCGCGUCCCGUCCCAGUCACCCUCGAACAACUCCACGGAGCUUGAAGACGUGUCACCGGUCGCGCUGCUUAUUUUUUAUGUGUUGUUGGCCCUGGGGGUCUCCUUCCUCUGCUCGGUCCUGGAGGCCGUGCUGCUUUCGAUCACGCCUUCCUAUAUCGCCACGCUGGAGGGCUCGGGCAAUCCGGCAGGCGCCAAGCUGCGAGGGUUCAAGGAUGAUAUCGAUCGCCCGCUGGCCGCCAUCCUGAGCCUGAACACUGUCGCGCACACGGUGGGCGCAUCGGGCGCUGGCGCCAAGGCGCUCGAGGUCUUUGGGGACGCGUAUGUCGCGGCGGCAUCUGCCGUCUUGACGCUGCUCAUUUUGAUCUUCUCCGAGAUCAUCCCCAAGACGCUCGGCGCGCGAUACUGGAAGGUGCUCGCGCCUUACGCCGCGCGCGUGCUCAAGUGGCUCAUCUACGUCACGCUCCCGCUGGUGUGGCUCUCGCAAGGAAUCACUCGCCUCAUGGGCGGAAGCCCCCACGGUGAGCCCGCGAUCUCGCGCGAGGAGUUCGAGAUCCUGGCCGAUAUCGGCUCCAAGGAUGGCAUCCUCGAUGAAGAGGAGUCGAGAAUCCUGGCGAACCUGUUUCGCCUCAACGCCCUGAGAGCGCGCGAUGUGAUGACACCGCGCACGGUGAUUCUGGCGUUCGACGAGGAUAUGACCGUCGCCGAGGCGAUGGACGACGAGCAGACGAUGCGCUUCUCGCGUAUCCCGAUCUACAACAAGAAUGUCGAUGGCAUCACGGGCUACGUGCUCAAGCAGGAGAUCCUGCUCUCCUCGGCGAGGGAUAUGCAUGACAAGAGGCUCGACGAUCUUCGCCGAGACCUGUUGAUUAUCCCCGUGCACACCAAGCUGCAUCGCGCGCUCGACAUGAUGCUCGAGCGUCAGGAGCAUAUCGCGCUCCUGAUCGACGAAUACGGCGGCACCGUGGGCAUCCUCACCAUGGAGGAUCUCGUCGAGACGCUGCUCGGGCUCGAGAUCGUCGACGAGUUGGACGCCACCGUCGAUAUGCAAGGGCUCGCCAGAAAGGAGUGGGAGAAGCGCGCAGCGCGCCUCGGACUCACCGGCAAGGAAAUAAGAAUGAAACUCUCCAACCGCGCCAUAUACGGUAUCCGCGCGCUCUUUGACCUCGCCUACCACGGCGGACAGGGACCGGUGCAGAUCCGAGAAAUCGCCGAGCGCGAGGACAUCCCGCUGCGCUUCCUCGAGCAGAUCUUCCAGGAUCUUCGGCGCGCGGAGUUGGUCGAGAGCAAGCGCGGCCCCAAGGGGGGCUUCCUGCUCUCGCGCGAACCCAAGGACAUCACGCUGGCGCAGGCGCUCGAAGCGCUCGAAGACGCGCCGCAGUUCUACUCUCCGGGUGAAGAGACACGUAGCCAACCCGCGCCCUCGACCACGCUGGCGAGCGGACCUCGCGUCAGCCGCGUCAGCGAGUUGAUCGGAAACACACCGCUUAUCAAGCUGCGAAAGCUUGGCAAGGAGGGGGGCGCCCCGAUUUACGUCAAGCUCGAGAACCUCAACCCCUCGGGCUCCAUCCGCGACCGCUACAUCGCCGAGAUCCUGCAACGCAGCGUCGAGGCGGGGCAGACGAUGUCGGGCGACUCGAUCGCGCUGGCGGGGAUGAACGACUCGGCGGUCUCGGCAUCCCUGAUCGGGCAUCAACUCGGGCUCAUCGUGCACGUCUUCGCGCCAAAGGACGCCUCGCGAAGGCUCGCUCACCUGGUCCUCAAGCUCGGCGCCAAGAUCACCUGGACGGACGCAGAAGGUGGCCUCGAUGGCGCCAUCGAGGCGGCCGCAGCCUGGGCGAGGGAAGCGCCUGACAGGUUGUACGUGGACGCGUUUCGCCGCCAGGCGAUCAAGGAUGCCUACCAGGGAAUCUCCGAUGAGAUGUUGCUCGCGUUGCGAGGACAACAGCUCGGCGCGUUCGUCACCUCCAUCUCGACCGGGGGCACGUUCCGAGAGGUCGCGCCCUACCUGCGGCGCUCCUUCCCGAUGCUUCGCAUGGGAGGCGCCGUGCUCAUCGAUGUCGAAACAAAGGCGCUCGCGGCGAACCCCAACAACAUCAUCGAGCAUAUCUCUCUGGAGCGAGCAUGGGAGGUGCGCGACCAGGUCGCGCGAACUCAGGGGCUCCUGCUUGGCCCGAAGGGCUCGGCAUGCGUCGCGCUCGCCAUGGACAUCCAGGAGCAAAUCCCUGGAGAUCAGGUCAUCGUCGCGCUCAACCCGGACGCCGGGCAGCGCUACCUCGGAUGGGAAGACAAGCCGCUUUUCAAAGACACCUACAUCGAGGGUUGUCCCUCCAAACAAUAA